ACCUGUUGCAGGGGGGAGGUCUCUCCGCAAGCUGUGAAGCAGGCUGCAGGUGUCUCUCUGUCUCUCUCCCUGUCUUUCCUUCCUCUCUCAAUUUCUCUCUGCCCUAUCCAAGAAAAAAUAAAGAAAAAUGGCUGCUAGGAGCAAUGGAUUCAUAGUGCAGGCACUGAGCCCCGGCGAUAACCCUGGUGGCCAAAUGAAAAAAAAAAAAAAAAGAAAGAAAGAAAAGAAAGAAAGAAAGAAAGAAAGAAAAAGAAAAAAGAAUGGGGGGCCAGGCGGUGGUGCACCUGGUGAAGCGCACACAUUACAGCGCAAAAGGAUCCAGGUUCAAGCCCCUGGUCCCCACCUACAGGGAGGAAAGCUUUAUGAGAGGGGAAGCAGGGCUGCAGGUGUCUCUCUGUCUCUUUCCCUCUCUCCAUCCCCCACCCUUCUCAAUUUCUCUCUCAAAUGCAUACAGACACAGACACAGACACAGACAUAGACACACACACACAUAACAUGGGGGGUGCAGGAAACGCAGUAUCCCUGGCAGGCUUCUCCCCCUCCCUCCUUCCUUGCGGGUCCCAGCCUCUCUCCCAGCGGGGUCAGUGGGGGAGGCUGCCCCGCAGCGAGGCCGAGCCGCAGAGCCUCCAGGGCGGGUGUCCAGCCCCCGGGGAGCCCCAGGACCCCUCCAGGCGCCGGCCCCGGGGGACAGCCGGGCUUCCCCGCCACCGCGAGCGUCGCCGUCACCCUCGCUGCCCGCGCCUCGCUCCGCCCCGUGCGCCGCGGGCCCCGGCGCGGGGGAGCGCGGGAGGGGAGAGCGGCCACCCGCUCGCUCAGCCUGAUUUACGGCUCUGCUGCAAACCGCUCGGCUCCCGCAGCAGCACCGGCCGCCGCCGCAGCUGCAGUUGCAGCAACAAGUCGGGACUUUUAGAGUAAUGCAACAGAAGGCUUCUGAGGAAAGCAGAUACCCCUGGCAAGAGUCCUUUGAGAAUGUCGCCGUGUGCUUGCCGUUCCGCUGCCCAAGGUGUGGAGACCACACCAGAUUUAGGAGUCUUUCAUCACUGAGGGCUCAUCUAGAAUUUAGUCACAGCUAUCAGGAAAGAACCCUCUGGACAAAAUGCAGCCUCUUCCCAUCCCUCAAAGACACAGACCUAGUCACUUCUUCAGAACCCCUGAAACAGGUUAAAUUGCAGAGUGGUGGCAACGUGGUGAAGCAGAAACCCAGCUAUGUUAACUUGUAUAGUAUUUCACACGAACAGUCCAAAGACAGGAAGCCAUUUGAGGUGGUGGCAGAGAGGCCUGUGUCCUAUGUGCAGACCUACACUGCAAUGGACCUGCGUGCAGAUUCGCUGGAUGGCUUGCGCUCAAGUCCUGGGCUUCCCACCUCAGACACCAAAGCUUCUUUUGAAGCACAUGUCAGAGAAAAAUUCAAUCGGAUGGUGGAGGCUGUGGACAGGACCAUUGAGAAGAGAAUUGAUAAACUUACCAAAGAGUUGGCCCAGAAAACUGCUGAACUGUUGGAAGUCCGGGCAGCUUUUGUGCAGCUGACUCAGAAAAAGCAGGAAGUUCAGAGACGAGAACGGGCUCUAAAUAGACAGGUGGAUGUUGCUGUGGAAAUGAUUGCUGCACUGAGGCGACGCCUCACAGAAUCCGAGGAGGAGCUUCUCAGGAAAGAAGAAGAAGUUGUGACUUUCAACCAUUUCUUGGAAGCAGCUGCUGAGAAGGAGGUUCAAGGAAAAGCACGGCUCCAGGACUUCAUUGAGAAUCUCUUGCAGCGGGUAGAAUUGGCAGAAAAGCAGUUAGAGUAUUACCAGAGCCAGCAGACCUCAGGCCUCUGCAGAGACACCAGAGAGCAAGCGCUUACAGAUAUCUCCUGGAAUAGGAGACCCAAAUACUUAAGCCGAGGGCACCCACACUCCGGGUGUAACCACCCUGACCUCAAGACCCAUUUUCAUCCAAAGGGACGGAGCUACCUGAAAAAAGCCAAGGAUGACAGAGCCAGCAUGCAGCCUGCAAAGUCCAUUUAUGAACAGGCUGAGUCUACAAGAGAUCUCUGCAGACCACUGAAGAAAGGGGAACCUCUCGGGUUUAGCCGGAAGGGCAACAUCAGGCCCAAAAUGGCCAAAAAAAAGCCAACAGCCAUUGUGCACAUCAUCUGAAAGAGUGUGGCCCGUCAUCACUGGGUUUUGGGGAAUGCUGUUCUAGAGACCAAGGGUAUGUCCUUCUGGACACACCUCCUAGUAAGACUCAUUGGGAAAGCAAAAGGCGUAACACAUUUAUUUUUGCUUUCACAUAAGCAUCUGGAUUAACCAGAAUUUAGCAAACAUGAAUCUCAGUGAGCCAGAGUUUUAUUAUAAGUCCAUUUGGAACCUAUAAUAAAAGAGACAAAUUACAGAAAUAAUUUUAAUAAUGAGAACAGUUUUACCCACACAUUUUAGAAAAAUGACCUCCAAAUUCUAAUUAACCCAUUCUCCAGUAGUAGUAAUUUAACCAGAGCUCUGUUUAGAUUUGACUUACUGUGGUACCAGGAUUGAACCUGGGACCUUGGAACCUCAGACAUGAAAGUCUUUUGCAUAAUUCUAAGCUGUCUCCCUCUUCCUCCAGUAGUUUUUGACAUCUGAGGUUCUAUGCAAUGCUCAUUAAUUCUCAGACCCAAAACCACCCAGGAUGUGAGGUACAGGGAAGUAAAAAUUAUCUGUACCCACUUCUGGAGCUGGAAUGUAAAGUUCUGUUAAUAGUAUUUAACUGCAUUGUAAUAUUGAUAUAUAUAUUUUUUACUUUCACCUCAAUUAAUUAAAAACCUUCUAAUAUAAAGUUCUUAUUUCCCUGCGUAUUCUGGUUAAUGAAGAUUUCACUGUUUCAGUUGCUUCAGGGAUUGUCUAAUCAGACUACAGUUCUUAUUUCAACAUAAUGUUCUUUCUAGUUUGUUAAUUUGAUUGGAUUAGUAUGUUUUCCUGAAUGCAUGCCUCUUCUGAUUUGGUACACUUCUGUUAUUUUUUUGGCUGCAUAUUCUGCAUCCUCAGCACAUGCUUCCAGCCUCUGUCUUAAGAGUUGUUUCUAUUGCUGUGGUUGGGGAGAGAAAUAAAACCCUUGUCAUCGGUACCCAUCACCAGUUGGGGGUGAGUGGUUGGAUGGUAGUGGAAUGCAUAUUCUGUAACUGGUGAGCCAUCCUGGAAAAAAGCAGGUGUCUGGCCUGCCCCGAGAAUGCUUCUCUGCUAGUGGCAGCAUCCUCUCUGUUUUCCAGAGGCGUGACUUUCUCCUGGCUGGCCUAACUUUUCUACCCUGUGCUGUUUCUAUGCUCUUUUCUGACUCGAAUACACAUUCUUCUCUUUCAAGUACGUAUCAGAAGUGCUCAUUAUCCGCUGCUGUUUAGACUAGUUUCUGACGUAAACAGUGCAUGUGGGAUCCAGAAUUUGAGCCUACCUUUUUCUCCCUUCCCCAAAUGACCUUUUGUUUCCACAAAGAACCAUCUGUUAAGAAUUUUCUUUUUUUAAACACUAUUUUUAUUUUUUAAAAUAUUUAUUCCCUUUUUGUUGCUCUUGUUGUUUUAUUGUAGUUGU